UGAUUCAUAUCUUCACUUCAAUCCGACUUGGUCUUCUUUAGAUUUGCAGUUUAGCUAAUGCCUUUUCAAUUGCUUUAAUUUCCUCUGUAUUUUCCGGUUCAGUGAAUCCAUGCAGAUCGGCGUCGGCUCGACUCUUCCGGCUCAGAACUUGAAUGUCUUCCAGAUCAGACGAGCAAGUUUCAAGAGCCAUAAAUCACCCCUGAAUCCAUCUUUUAAAAAGCCUGUUUCAUGUGUUUCAUCAGCGUCGUCUACUGAGUCGACUCGGGACCACCUUUCCAACCUCGAAAAGAUCCUACAGAAAACAAACCAACCCGAAGCAGAAAAAGUCGUCGAAGCUUCCCGCAGUGCGUCGGUUGAAACCAAAGGUAAGGGUUUACUCGAAGGACUUAAUUUGUCUAGGAUUUGGCCUGAAAUGAAAGCCGCCGAAGAGAUGUCUCCGCGCCAUUUGAAUAGGCUUAAGAGACUUUUAUCUAAAACCAUGGAGUAUUCUCCGAGGAACAGCCUCGGUUCUCGUUGGAGAGAAUACCACGGUUGCAAUGAUUGGUCCGGUUUACUGGAUCCGCUCGACGAGAAUCUCCGGCGAGAAGUCGUUAGAUACGGUGAAUUCGUUCAAGCAGCUUACCACAGUUUUCAUUCGAACCCCGCUAUGUCGACCGAGGAGGCUCCGUUGCCGAGGCACGUGGCGUUACCCGAUAGGUGUUACAAGGUGACAAAGAGUCUUUAUGCAACUUCGUCGGUCGGGUUACCUAAAUGGGUCGACGAUGUGGCUCCGGAUCUCGGGUGGAUAACCCAAAGGUCUAGUUGGAUCGGAUACGUGGCGGUUUGCGAUGAUAAAAGUGAGAUUCACCGCAUGGGGAGGAGGGAUAUUGUUAUUGCUUUACGUGGAACCGCUACGUGCCUUGAAUGGGCCGAAAAUUUCAGAGCCCAACUUGUUCAAAUCCCUGGAUCUAAUGACCCGACCCAAAGGGUUGAAUGUGGAUUCUUGAGCUUGCAUAAAACACGCGGUGCUCACGUGCAAAGCAUGGCUGAAUCAGUGGUCGAAGAAGUGAAAAGGUUGAUGGAGAAGUACAAAGGUGAGAACCUUAGCAUUACAAUCACGGGACAUAGUCUUGGCGCUGCGUUAUCACUUUUAGUUGCUGAUGAAAUAAGUUCAUGCGCGCCCGACGUGCCACCAGUCGCGGUGUUUUCUUUCGGAGGACCUAAAGUCGGUAACAAAGGAUUCGUUGAUAGACUUAACGAGAAAAACAUUAAAGUGCUGAGAAUCGUUAACAAUCAGGAUCUAAUCACUAAGGUUCCCGCCCUUCCAAACGUACGCAUAAGUGACAGAUCCAAGCAACAAGAAGAAGAUAAUCUUUGGACGUACUCUCACGCCGGAACAGAAUUGAAACUCCACACAAAAGUGUCACCUUAUCUAAAAUCGAACGCUGACAUGGCAUGUUGUCAUGAUCUAGAGGCUUAUCUACAUUUAGUGGACGGAUUCUUAUCGUCGAAUUGUCCGUUCAGGUCCAAUGCCAAGAGAAGCUUAGCGAGAUUGCUUCAUGAUCAAAGAUCGAAUAUGAAACAAUUAUAUACACACAAAGCCUUGAGCUUGAACCUUGAUAGGGACAGACUUAGCUUCCCUAUGGCUAGUUGUUUGCCUAGUCCAUCUCAAUAAUGAGCUAAGCUUAUUAAUGAAAAAAAUUUCACAGACA